AUGACGAGCCAAGGAUGGAAGAAGUACUCGUACCUGGGCGAUCUGCUGAUGAUCACGGCCGCCCCAGUGUUGAUGUACUUCGUUGUCCGCAACCUCCUCUCCAAGCUCGAUCCCGACGCCUCCUCCAAGGAAGAAGCCCGCCAGAAAUCCAUCGCCGCCAACCGCAAGCUGAAGGGUAUACUCGCCCGGCAAGAAGACGAAGAGGAUGAGGAGCAGGACAGCAUCAGGCAGCGGCUGCACCGCGAUGAGCUGGUGCUCACGCCCUACGAGCAGUCCAUUGCCAUGGAAGUCGUCGCGCCCGAAGAGAUACCCGUCUCUUUCGAAGAUAUCGGAGGAUUGGAGGAUAUUAUCGAAGAGCUCAAGGAGUCUGUCAUCUAUCCUCUGACACUCCCCCACCUCUACGGCCAUACCUCUUCGUUGCUGUCCGCGCCGUCGGGCGUGUUGUUGUACGGCCCGCCGGGCUGCGGAAAGACUAUGCUUGCCAAGGCGCUUGCGCACGAAAGUGGUGCUUGCUUCAUCAACCUGCACAUCUCUACCUUGACUGAGAAGUGGUACGGCGACUCGAAUAAGCUGGUCAGCGCCGUCUUCUCGCUCGCCCGCAAGCUCCAGCCCACCAUCGUUUUCAUCGAUGAGAUCGACGCUGUGCUUGGACAAAGGCGAAGCGGCGAGCACGAGGCUAGUGGAAUGGUCAAAGCCGAAUUCAUGACCCACUGGGACGGUCUUGCAUCUACUAAUGCCGCUGGCAUGCCACAGCGCAUUUGCAUUCUGGGCGCCACCAACCGCAUUCAAGACAUCGACGAGGCAAUCCUCCGCCGCAUGCCCAAGAAAUUCCCCGUCUCUCUCCCGUCGGCCCACCAACGCCGCGGCAUCUUCAAGCUGAUUCUGAAGGACACCAAAAUCGACCGCGCAAACUUCGACCUUGACUAUCUCGUCCGAGUCUCGGCAGGCAUGAGUGGCAGUGACAUCAAGGAGGCCUGCCGUGACGCUGCCAUGUGCCCCGUCCGCGAGUUUAUCAAAGAGCGCAAGAAGCGCGGGGAUCCGCUGCGUGGUGUGGAUCCGGAAGAGGUGAGGGGGCUGCGCACCGGAGAUUUCUUGGGAAGGAAGGGUACGGUGCAUUCAAUGCAUGACCCGGAAAAGGCGGGGGCGAUCCCCGAGGCAGAGAGUGUUGAUGGAGACAGCUCCAGCGACGAUGUUGGUAAGAUCGAAACAGCCUCGAGCUCGCCGGCCGAAGAGGAAUACGUUGCGCCUGUAAGGUGA